GAAAACCAUUCCAACAUCAUGUUUCUUCUACAUUACUUGCUCUGAGUCCCUUCUGAGCAUCCAAAACAACAGCGCUUGACAAGAUGUCGGUCAUUUCUCGUGUCUUUGGCCGGCCAAGCAACAUCUUCGACCCUUACUCUCUCGAUGUCUGGGACCCCUUCCAUGGCUUUUCCUUGGACACGCUCGCCAAUUCGAGCCCAAACUCGACGUUUGUCGACACGCUUAUGGACUGGAAGGAGACUCGAGAUGCCCAUGUCUUCAAGGUCGACCUCCCGGGGCUCAAGAAGGAGGACAUGAAGGUGGAGGUGGAGGAUGGGAGGGUUCUCCGGAUCAGCGGCGAACGGGUCAGGGAGCCGGAUGAGAGGAAUGUCACAUGGCACUGCAUGGAGACGAGCACCGGCAAAUUUCUCCGGCGGUUCCGGCUGCCGGAGGAUGCGAAGGUGGAGGGGAUGAAGGCGACCAUGGAGACUGGGGUGCUCACCGUGACGGUGCCCAAAGGGGAGGUGAAGAAGGCUGAGAAGAGGUCCAUCGAGAUCACUGGUGGGGCUGACAAGAAAGGAGGGAAAGACAAGAAGGAAACGGUUUGUUGCAGGUUUUGGCCGUGAUGACAAGAGGCUUUCGUUUUUGUUUGGUGUUUGUAUAAUAAUCUGGUGUGUUUUUGUAAGCGCGUUUAUUGGUAUUUUCAGAGUGGUCUGCGUGCUGAGAAGAAUGUUAAGUGGAAAUGUUUGGGUUUUUUCUGAUAGUCCUGUACAGUUACUAUAAUUGUUUGGUGAAAUUAGAUUUCUGACAACUUCUGGCUUAGCUUUAUGUCUGUUUCUACAAGUGAUUUGGUUAUUGUAGAUCAUACUGUUCUUGAAUGGUGGCUGUUAGGGGCUCAAGUCUAAUUAUUACCUGGAUCAGGUCCAGUGUACCAUGCCAAAUCCCACGGUGGAUGACACGCCACAUUACCCCUUGUAUUUCACCAAUCUUAACAUUUUUAUUUUUUGUAUCUUCCUUUUUAUUUUGGUUUGGCUCUUCUGUUGCCCCAUCUCCAAACCAUGUGAUGUAUAGGCUUUAAUCCUUUGCUGUUUAACUAAAAAAUUUCUUUA